CAGUCUUGGUUGCUCAGUGAAAUCGGAGCAGUCGUCGAUCGAGGUACGCUCGUUACUGUAUACCGUAUACACUUACGCGAUCGUUUCAUUCACCAGAAUGAGAAUUCCGGCUUCCAGACCUCGUUUCUAUACGACGCGUUCGAUUUCUAUCAAAAUGUCUCCCUAGGAAGCACUGUUAUUUGCGAACUAGCUCGAUAUAUCUCAAACGAGCAAAGACGCUCGCGCAAACAUUUCUUUAGUCGCGACGAUACGUUUAAAAGCUAGAAUUCACGGCCUUGUAAGUAUGCUUUCUCUUUUAAAAAUAGUUGUGUGUAAUUUCGCGAUUUGAACGAUCGACGAGCGACUUUGUGCGAUCAAGGAAAAUUAUCUUGAAAAACUGACCGAUUUCUCGUCGCAAUCCAUGUAAAUUUCGAUAACAAAUUGGAGACAAUUUAAAAUAGGAUAUUCUUGUCUGUUUAAGCGAUCGAUCCUUAAUUGCGAUUGACACAACCAUAGAUAUAAAAUUAAAGUUAGUUUGAAAAAAUAAGAUAAACCAUAUUAGUGAUCUGAAGAUUCCUAAUUACGACCUACGUGUAUACGUAAUUACUACAAUUUUUGUUUCCAAAAUCAAUACUAUGCAUAUAUUUUAUUUCCAUAUUCACAGGCAUCCAUCAGAAUAUACAUUUGUAGAAAAAUUUGAGAUUUACAUAUAACCUUCGGUACGAUAAUAAAUACUAAAAUAAGGUAUCGUAUAUAUUACAUAAUACUUGUAACAUAUUUUUGCUGCUACUAUACUGCCAGUUUAGAAAAUAGACCGUUACCGAAAAAAUAAACUGAAGCGGAUGUUUUAAUAAAUUGUAAAUCAAAACGAUGAAUAAUACAAAUAUUUUCAACGAGCCAUUAAUUAUUUCUAAGUGCAAUCUUUCUGAACUACAAGAAGUACGUUCUAAUCAUGUUAAAAUGAAGACAAAUAAGUAGAAUUGAAUCUUUUAUGGAAAUUGUGCCAAAAAAAGUUGUUGGCUUAUUAUAUUUGAAAAAAUAGUCAUUCGUUUGAACGUUGAAAAUUGUGCAAAUUGCACGUCAAGCAUAAAAGAUGGAGGCGAACUUACAAGCGACAAGUGGGAAUUGCGCAACGCUUGCAAAGUUUCAUUUACAUAAGCGUGCAAGUAAUAUCAACUAAACUCAAUCUAACAAAUUUUUUCCUUAUUCCAACUCGCUCUUUGUUAAGUCUAAGCUGGCAUAAUAAUCUUCUUCGUUGCGCAAACGAAAAAAGAAAGAAAGCGGUGCCUCAUAGGGCGUUCGAAAGUGGCGCGUUAAUCAAGUGUCACGUGAUAGGUAGUUGAUUAAUAUUGGAGAUCCGUCAUGGUCGAUCGCGUGUGGCAAAAAUCGUCAAAGGUGUUUACGACUUCGCAAAGGUUACUGUAAAAUCUUAUACCAAACGCUAUAAAACAAGGGAACGUAAAAAUAAUUUAAAAAUUAUUGAGACAUUAAAACUAUUAAAGUGUUGAAUAUGUGCGUGAAACCAUGAAAUGUUUGAUUUGUGUAAAAUGUGUUGCUUCGACGGGGAAACGUUUAGACUGGCAAAUUAUUGAAAAUAUGCAAUAAAAUCCAUGAUUCAGCACGAAGUUACUAAAACUAUUCGAGAAAAAAAGAUGUUGCAUGGGUAAUAAACAUGGUGGGAGAUAAACAGAGACGUCGAAGUGUGAGCGAAAUGCUCGAUUGGCGAUGUGUCGUCAGGAAUAAAGGGGACGAUAUGGACGAUACAUGCAUGAACGUGCCCUUCCUCGAGGACUACGACAAGGAUACGAAAAUGCGUCGCAGGAAACGUUCCGGUACUUGGCCGAGAACUAGAAGUCUAAAUGCACCUAGUCCCAUACAACAAUUUGGGCCAUGCGGGCGCAUCAUGAAAAAUUCUGCAAUGAUCAUGACCAUUCAGGAUCCAGCCUCUCAGAGGUUGACGUGGUAUAAACCCCCACUUACUGUUCUAGUCAUCAAGAAGGUCCGUGAUAACUCGGUAUUGCCACCGUUUGUACAAUUAGUCACAUGGCUAAUAGAAGAAAAACGAAUGGUAGUGUUCGUCGAGGCGUCUGUUCUGGAAGAUCCAGCCUUAGCUAGGGACCUUAGAUUUCAGGCGGUUCGAGAUAGGCUACAAACUUUCAGAGAUGGCACGGAUGACCUUCAGGAUCGUAUCGACUUCAUCGUGUGCCUGGGAGGCGAUGGAACUCUUUUAUACGCCAGUUUACUAUUUCAACAAUCCGUACCACCAGUCAUGGCAUUUCACCUUGGGUCAUUAGGAUUUCUCACCCCUUUUGAGUUCGAUAAUUUCCAGGAGCAAGUAACAAAUGUACUAGAAGGCCACGCGGCCUUGACCUUGAGGAGCAGGCUGCGAUGUAUCAUCAUGAGGAAAGGAGAAGAAGAUAAGGAGGCGAAGCCACCAACGAAUUUGCUGGUGCUGAACGAGGUCGUGGUGGAUCGAGGCCCGUCCCCAUACCUCUCGAACAUCGACCUCUUCAUCGACGGAAAACACGUCACCAGUGUGCAGGGUGACGGCCUGAUCGUGAGCACGCCGACUGGGUCGACUGCGUACGCUGUUGCGGCUGGAGCCAGCAUGAUUCAUCCUUCAGUACCUGCGAUUAUGAUCACACCGAUCUGCCCUCACUCUUUGUCCUUCAGACCAAUCGUUGUGCCCGCCGGCGUCGAGUUGAAGAUAAUGGCUAACAGCAGGGACUGUAGCACAGCUUACGUCUCCUUUGAUGGUCGCAAUCAACAAGAGCUACGUUAUGGGGACAGUCUUAGAGUAACCACAUCCAUCUACCCAGUGCCCAGCAUUUGCGCUGCGGACCAAAUUACCGACUGGUUCGAUUCAUUGGCAGAGUGUUUGCAUUGGAACGUACGCAAGAAGCAGAAACACUUGGACGAACUAAGUGAUUUGACUCAUUCAUCCAGUAAUGACACUUUGGACUCUCUAGAUCGCGACAGCUAGGCCAGGCAAGAAAGUCACAAUGCACUGCCUUUAAACCAGAUCCUAAAAGAUCAUUAUGAUUUAUCAGUAAGGACUGGUCUCAAAGAACUUCAAUGACUCGCUGCAUGAUACAUGAAAAGAACAAGCCUAACCUGUGUUCAUUUUAUCAUAAGAAUAGAGGAGAAUGAACUCGUCUAGUAGUCGCUGAAGAAACUGAGAAGAAAUAGUACGUACCCUCUAAGCGUCAUUAGUGGUGCAUAAAUUCAUGGUACACCGCAACUCAAAGCUACCAAAAGAACCUAAUAGUAUUUGGAUGCGUCGUAAAAAACAGUGGAUUAGCUAUGUUGCAGAAUUACAAAUUCUUCAAGUCGGAUUCGUUUUUACGAGAUAAAGGAUCAUCAAGAAUUUACGUAUAAUCUGUAAUUAAUGCAUCAAAAAGCCCAACAAGAGUGUUUUCCUAUAUUUCCAACGCAUAAUUCUACGCUCUACGACGACGUUCUAAUCCGCGAAAUCAUUUUGGAAUGGAUCUUUAUUUCCUUUCUUUUCUUCUUCCUUCUGUUUUUCUUCUUAUUGAAUUAAUAGAUUUUUAUUAACAUAGACAAAAUUGAAAAUAAAGGUAAAAAACGCAAGGACUAUUGUCGUUAGUGAUACUAGUAGUAAAAAAUUAUUUAAGAAGUGAUUACAUCAAAGCUAUUGAAUUGAUUUGUGAAAAAAACAUAGUUAAUAUAAUUAUUAAUAUUCCUUAUAAGUAAACAAUAUUAAAGAAAAAGGUUAUGAAAGACACCUCACAUCAUACAUAUAUAAUUAUUUAUUUUUCAUUAGUUUUGAUGCAUUUUAAUAAGUCUAUGUUUCCUAUAUGGAUUCAUAUUCUGUUAAUGUUAUCAAACUGGUUUCGUUAACUGCAGCAAAGAGCACAUAAGCGAGAAUCAACUAAAGAUAUUGUUGUUGAUAAGUUUUGUGUUCUUACAACGAAUAUGAUCCGGUUAAGGAUCAUUUUUUUGUAAAUGUUGAAUGUACUUUUCCUAUAAAUGAAAAUUUUUAAUAAAGACAUUUUUGUACUACAUAUAA